AAUUUUCAGACUGCAUAAACAACAAAUGCAAUCAAAUUUUGUUGAUGCACAAGAAAAGUCCAUAUUUUUAUUUAGUGAUAUCAAAAUAAAAGGGAAUGAUGGAGAGGAAUUAAGUGCUCAUCGAAGCAUAUUAGUGGCGCGUUCAGGAUUAUUUAAUAUUUUAUUAAGUGGAAAGAAUGUAACUACCCAAGAUUUAAUAUUUCCAGAAUUUUCUUCGAAUACUUUACUCGUCAUUCUUGAAUAUUUAUAUACAGGGAAAGUGACAGAAAAGAGCCUAAUAAUUGAAACAGUUGCUGAAGCUUAUCAUUGUGCUGAUUUUUUCUUGAUUGAACAACUAAAACUUCAAAUUAUUGAAUUUUUUAAAAAUCGUGAUGUUGAUAAUAAGGUAAAUGUAUCGGCUAAAAUAUUAUCACAAAUUUUGGAAUAUAUGGAAUCGUCAGAUAAUGAGUUGACUAAUUUAUUAUACGAUUCAGUUAGUUCAGUUCCAUUAGAAACGAUUGAAUAUUGUAAUUUAAAUGGAAAAGCAUUGGAAUAUAUUUUAUCAAAGAUCAAAAAGGAAGAAACCAAUAUGUUAUCGACAUUAGAAUAUAAUUUAUUUCAUUAUAUUAUAUUAUGGGCCGCAAAUGAAAUUUCGGAAGAAACCUUAUCAUUUUACAGAUCGUGUUUACCUUCUUCGGAAAUUGUUAACAAUCUUAAUACUACAUACUUACAAAAAUGGAAUUUUAAUAUCCCUUUUAAUAUUCAAGAAAUUCAUUCAAGAUAUAAGCCGACAAUGAUAACAAAAACUUCAUCUUUACUUGAUUAUGUGAAUUUAGAUCGAAUUCAUCCAUUAGUAAUUUCCAAUAUAAUUGAACCUCUCAGUGGAUUAAUUAGCCCAAAUAAAUUAUCAGAUAUACGUAAGAAAUAUGCCUUAUUAGCCGGAAAAUACAUUUACAUUUCGAGAGAAGUUCCUUCCUUACAGUGGAGUACUUGUGGUUAUAAUAUGUGCUUAUAUAGAAGUCCUUUUAUUGUUACAUCAAAUUCUCUUUCACAAGGGUGGAUUAGAACAGCCGUUCCUGUAAGCGGACAAGGUUUGAUUGAAUGGGAUAUUGUGGUCGAGAAGAUGUGUUGUCAAUUUUGGGUUGGGAUUUGUACUAUAAAAGGAUUUAAUGUUGAUUACAAUUCAUGGCUUGGAAACCAUGCAUAUGGUUGGGUUUUUGGUUCGAAUGGAGUUAUUUGUCAUAAUUCAUCAAAUUCCACGAAUAAAUACGGACAGAAAUUUAAAGAAAAGGAUAUAAUUACUGUACAUUUAGAUAUGGAAGAAAGGACUUGUUCUUUUUCUGUUAAUAGAAUAAGUUAUCCUGUUGCGUUUCGCGAUUUACCUGACGAAAUUUAUCCAGCUGUAUCAUUAUGUGCACCUGGAAAAGCGAAAAUUGAACCUCAUGUUAAAUAUCAAAAUUAUUAAAUUUAAUAAAUAAAAAUGUUAAAAUUGAAAUAGAAUGACUAUAUUUAUCCAUCCGAUGUAAUAAUAAAUCUCGUAAAGAAUUAACAAAUCAGAGAACAAUUGCAAUUGCAUAUAUGAAAGUAAUGUAACCCAUUUCAUUAAUUUAUACAUUACUUCAUAUAAAAGAUGAUAUUUUACAAAUCAAUCACUUUAGAAUAUAAAAUUUUAUUGGCUGACAAGAUACAUGCUUUCUUUUAAAAUUUUUAUCCUUUUUUGAUCUACAAACCAAUAUGAACGC